AUGAAACUUUUCUUUUUCUGCAGUUUUUGUUUUGGUCUCUCCUGUGCCAUAAUGUCAAUAUCAGCGUAUGAUCCUCAUCGUAAGUGACAGACAUUAUCCCCAACAACACAAAAUACACACACAGUCACUUGCCGAUACCUGUAGACGAUACACCUAGUUAUUUUUAAACAAUGCUUUGCUCCUCUCUCCUCUUCUCUCAUCAGGGCUCUCCGCUCUCAUCUUUCUGGCCCUCUCCUUCAACGGCUUCGGAGGAAUCUGCUUGACCUUCACCUCCCUCACGGUGAGACACACACACAGAAAAAAUUAUAUGUCGAACAAUAUUUCACUGCAACAUUCUUCUCUAUACUUCUCAAACAAGACAGGCUGAAGCCCCGCCCCCUGACACUUAACAUACAGUUCCUCCACGCUUUGCCUGUUUCUCUCAGAAUGCACUCAACAGAUUCUUUCAAAACAGCAACAAAACUGCUUUCCACGUUGCUUCUAAACAUGAAACCACAUUUUUUCUAUUAUAAUAUUGAAUAUGUAGCCACUUUUUAAAGUUAGGAGCACCUGUGCUACCAAUAGAACAUUUUAAUUUAUACAACAGGUGGGUCUAAUCCUGAAUGCUGAUUGGUUAAACCCGCAUUCCAGACGGUGUCUAUUCCACAAGUUACCACCGGCUAAAGCUAUGACUUUAAAAUGCCUAUUUACUCUGUUCAUCUGACUGUGCAAUCCACUGUCUGAUCAGCCCAGCCAGGCACUUUAUAAACUUCAUCUCCACUAUAUAAAGCAUCUAGACAUCUCACAUUUAUUUUAGACUAACAUUUUGUUUUCAACAGCGGAGAUUUGUUUAAAACUUGCUGUCUGUCUCUCUGACAUUUGCAACAUUGUUUCAAUAUUAACAUUUGAUCUCCAGCUGUCUCAUAGUAAUGAAUGUGUCGGGACGAGACAGACAGGCAGCAUUUCUCAGCCAGUCGAAAUCAUGAAUCAGCUGGCAUAAUUUUUAUGGAUAUAUACAAAGAAAUGUAAAUUGAAAAAAGGUAAAAGGAAACGAAGUGCAGCUAGUUUGCAGUCUUUCCAGCUUCAAUUUGAAGUGACUGUGUUAGCUGUGUUGUUGUCUAGCUCCUCUGAACAACGGUGUCCUGACGAGUGAGCACAUGUUCUAUUCCAGGCGAAAUCGUGCCUCAUUAGCUCAUUGUUAUGGAUGUAUCCAAAUAAAUGUCUCUAGAAUACAGUUUAAACAAAUGCAAAUGUGGCUACUUUGCUGUUAUUCCUUCUGCAGACGUGACUGUAAGUUAGCCGUAGUUGGCUAGCUAGCAAGCAAGGGAUAAGAAUGUUGCCAGCCAUUAUGGCAAUGGAACAUUUAGAACUAACGACUGGGUCACGUCCAUAGAUACAGAACAAAAAUAUUGAACGACUGGGUCGCGUCUCUAGCAACCGAACCGAUAGAACGAAUGACCAGCCGGCUUGGGAGCAACCCUAGAUUUGUGUCGGGACUAUAUCUUGUGGAAGGAUGAAAUAGUAUGAAUAAAUUAAUCUUUUUUUUUAUUUUUAUGAAAUGAUGUCAAUCAUUAUUUGAAUAUGUUGGUAACCCAUUGUAUAAAAGUGAUAAUGCCCUCGAAGCCGGUGUUUGGAGGAUAUAUUGGCACGGUUUACUAACAACAGCCGUGCCAAUAUAUCGUCCAAACAUCGGCUUCUCGGGCUUGAUCACUUUGUAUAGGAUGUUCUAAGUCCACAACAAUGCUUAAACCACAUCGGGAGAUCCCUUUUGAGGUCUGGAAACAAUACACAUUUUUAGGGGGGGGGGGGGGGGGGGGGGGGGGGGGUAUAGUUGCCCUUUAAUUCAAUUGUGCACUAUGUUUGGCUAGCUGUGUUUUUUGUGUGCUGUACAAUGGACAGUGUAGGCUACAUAUAAUGGUAGAGUUUGCACAACAAAUGCCCUGCGAUUGAUACAAAUAAUAAUGAUAUCAUUCUGCCAGGUAGGCCUACUUUGCAGUCAACAUUUAAUUGGGAAUGUUUUUGGGAAAGACUUUAGAAAUGUUCAGUCAAAUAGCGCAUAAUUACUGAAUUGUGCAUCGCAAAGAUUCAACCAAGACCACAUUUACAUUUUAGUCGUUUAGCAGACGCUCUCAUCCAGAGUGACUUACAGUUAGUGCAUUCAUUUUAAGAUAGCUAGGUGGGACAACCACACAGUGUCUUCAGAAAGUAUUCAUACCCCUUAACUUAUUUUCUCACCCAUCUACACACAAUACCCCAUAAUGACAAAGUGAAAACAUGUUUUUAGAAAUGUUUGUAAAUUUACUUAAGUAUUCACUCCCCUUUGAUAUGACACUUCCUUUGCUCAUCCUUGAGAUGUCACCACAACUUGAUAGGAGUCCACAUGUGGCCAAUUCCAUUGUUUGGACAUGAUUUAGAAAGAAACACCUGUCUAUAUAAGGUCCCAAAGUUGACAGUGCAUGUCAGAGCAGAAACUAUACCAUGAAGUCCAAGGAACUGUCCGUAAUCUCCGAGAUAGAAUUGUGAUGAGGCAUACAGAACCAGUCAAAAGUUUGGACACCUACUCAUUCAAGGGUUUUUCAUAGCCAUUGGCUUCAUCUCUAAUCAAUCACCUCCCUCUGAACUCGUAUCCCCGUUUUGUGUACCACUGUUUAUGUUCCCCCAGUAUUUACAUUUACGUCAUUUAGCAGACGCUCUUAUCCAGAGCGACUUACAGGAGCAAUUAGAGUUAAGUGCCUUGCUUAAGGGCACAUCGACAGAUUUUUCACCUAGUCAGCUCAGGGAUUAGAACCAGCGACCUUUCGGUUACUGGCACAAAACUCUUACCCACUAAGCUACCUGCCACCUGUAUGCGCUUGUUUGAUGCAACAUGGAGAUUUCAGCCAUUUUUCAGCAGAUUUCAGUCCAUUAUGUUGUUUUUAUUGGGAGAGUAAGUUUUCCCCACAAGCGCAACACACGUUGACCACACAGAUUUUUAUAGUAUUUGAACCCAGGCCUGACCCAUAUCACUGAAAAAAGAAUACUUUUUGGCCUGUUUGUAUGAUGUGCCAAUAAGGUGUUUUUGCGGCAUAGAUGAAUGACAAUUACCUAGUAUUGAUUGUUGAGUAAUAUGGUGGUGGUCAGCAACAUAGAGGACAGAGGAUUGUGUUGUGUCUGGAAGGUAUUUGUUUGUUUGUGUGUGUGAUGUGGUGUGUGCACGUCAUAUGAUAUAGGGCACCUUGUCUGUGUUUAUCUUGGGCAACCAGUGUGCUAUUAUUACCCUACUGUAGCGCUGUGUUACCGUAUCUUAGUCAGGUGUUGUUUUGCCUUUUUCCGUAUGGAAAUUGUCCCACUUGUGCCUCCACCAAUCAGAAGCCCUGAGUCGUCACACACCCUCCUCUGCUCCGCCCAUCCACCUCUACCCAAAACACACAAGGGCACUCUCGCUCUCUCUCUCUCUCUCCCUUCCCCCCUCUCUCCCUCUCUUCUCAGAGCGUUUCUUCAUUAUCACACAUAUACACCAAUCUUGAUAGACAUUGACAUUCACUCCUCUCCAUUUGUCCCUUUCUGACCCCUCUCUAUGAUGUGUCUCUGUUUUGCCAAAAUGCAAGCUGUUCCAUAUGUGACAGAGAUGAAAAUCUCAGUUAGAGGCAUACAAAGAGGGGGAAUCUAGUAGCAACAACUAGGAUGGGUUGCUAAUAUGACUAGGAUUGUGCCUUUGGCUUCUGGACAACUAAAGAAAGUUGACAUGAAAACCAAUAGAACAAAAGAGAAAUGCUGGUUAAUACCAUCUGGAAGUCUUUAUAAAAUAAUUGCCUCCACAUUUCUAUGGAUGGAUUUUGGCUAGGCUACUCUGAAGCAAGGUAAGACAUGCCUCAUUAUUUAAAGUAAAACGUUCAGGUUUCAAACAAUUAUACAGCCUCAAGCUCACAUUGUAUAGUGGUGGGUGACGCGCUGAUAGCCUGCCUAACGUUGACUAUAGCAUAUGCACUGGAAUGGCGAAUGGGAGGCACGCUUUAAUUACGAGUUGAGAUAGAAAAAAUAUAAAAAAUAGUAGCUAUUUUUAGUCGUGGCCAUAAAAAACUGUUUUUAACUUGUGAUUACGUUUAAGAAUUGUUAUUUGUUGUGCAAUGACUAGGCUUACAAAAGCACUUGCAUUCCAGUACCAGAUUUUUGAGGAGCUGCUCUCGCACUGUCUCAAACUAGGCUCUGUAUGCUCUGCGCGUGACAUCUCUGACAUGACCAACAGCCAACAUCAAGUAGCCUGCUGUCCGGUCAUGACCACCUGCACACACUCAUAAAAAAGGACUGAGUGAGCAGUUGAGAAUAAAAAAGACAUGGCAGUGGACAUCAAAUCAAAUGUUAUUUGUCACAUGCGCCGAAUACAACAGGUGUAGACUAUACAGUGAAAUGCUUACUUACAAGCCCUUAACUAACAAUGCAGUUUUAAGAAAGAACACAUAAAAAAUCACAAAAAAUACAAUAUAUAAUAAUACGAAAUAAAAUUAACAAAUAAUUAAACAAUAGCGAGGCUAUAUACAGGGGGUACCGGUACAGAGUCAAGGUAAUUGAGGUAAUAUGUACAUGUAGGUAGAGUUAUUAAAGUGACUAUGCAUAGAUAAUAAACAGAGUAGCAGCAGCGUAAAAGAGGGGGGGGGGGGGGCAAUGUAAAUAGUCUGGGUAGCCAUUUGAUUAGAUGUUCAGGAGUCUUAUGGCUUGGGGGUAGAAGCUGUUUAGAAGCCUCAUGGACCUAGACUUGGAGCUCCGGUACCGCUUGCCGUGCGGUAGCAGAGAGAACAGUCUAUGACAAGCUGCUCCACUACAGCCCCGUCGAUGAGAAUGGGGGCGUGCUCGGUCCUCUUCUUUUUCCUGUAGUCCACAAUCAUCUUCUUUGUCUUGAUCACAUGGAGGGAGAGGUUGUUGUCCUGGCACCACACGGCCAGGUCUCUGACCUCCUCCCUAUAGGCUGUCUCGUCGUUGUCGGUGAUCAGGCCUACCACUGUUGUGUCAUCGGCAAACUUAAUGAUGGUGUUGGAGUCGUACCUGGCCAUGCAGUCAUGAGUGAACAGGGAGUACAGGAGGGGACUGAGCACGCACCCCUGAGGGGCCCCCAUGUUGAGGAUCAGCGUGGCGGAUGUGUUGUUACCUACCCUUACCACCUGGGGGUGGCCCGUCAGGAAGUCCAGGAGCCAGUCGCAGAGGGAGGUUUUAGUCCCAGGGUCCUUAGCUUAGUGAUGAGCUUUGAGGGCACUAUGGUGUUGAACGCUGAGCUGUAGUCAAUGAAUAGCAUUCUCACUUAGGUGUUCCUUUUGUCCAGGUGUGAAAGGGCAGUGUGGAGCGCAAUAGAGAUUGCAUAAUCUGUGGAUCUGUUGGGGCGGUAUGCAAAUUGGAGUGGGUCUAGGGUUUCUGGGAUAAUGGUGUUGAAAUGAGCCAUGACCAGCCUUUCAAAGCACUUCAUGGCUACAGACGUGAGUGCUACGGGUCGGUAGUCAUUUAGGCAGGUUACCUUAGUGUUCUUGGACACAGGGACUGUGGGGGUCUGCUUGAAACAUAUUGGUAUUACAGACUCAGACAGGGAGAGGUUGAAAAUGUAAGUGAUGACACUUGCCAGUUGGUCAGCGCAUACUCAGAGUAUACGUCCUGGUAAUCCGUCUGGCCCUGCGGCCUUGUGAAUGUUGACCUGUUUAAAGGUGUUACUCACAUCGGCUAUGGAGAGCGUGAUCACGCAGUCGUCCGGAACAGCUGAUGCUCUCAUGCAUGUGUCAGUGUUACUUGCCUCGAAGCGAGCAUAGAAGGUAUUUAGCUCGUCUGGUAGGCUCGUGUUACUGGGCAGCCGGUGUAGUACGAUUCGAUCUUAGUCCUGUAUUGACGCUUUGCCUGUUUGAUGUCUCGUCAGAGAGCAUAGCGGGAUUUCUUAUAAGCUUCCGGGUUAGAGUCCCGCUCCUUGAAAGAGGCAGCUCUACCCUUUAGCUCAGUGCGGAUGUUGCCUGUAAUCCAUAGCUUCUGGUUGGGGUAUGUACGUACAGUCACAUACGCGCGCACCGCACACAACACACACAACGGCCCGAGAUCCUUUUAAAGCGUAAAUUCACAUAGCCACGCAUGCUUCGCCCUCAUGUUGGUGCUAGCAAAAUAUCAAGCAGGCUAGGUAGUGCUAGGUAUCAGCCAAUCCAGUAGGGGCUGGACACUAUAGUGAGCUUCGAUUGGUCAAUAGCAAUGUGAUGUUGCAGAGUAUUUGCAUAAAGUUCAGCUUUCCCCAACUUUCACGUCCCUCUCCCAUGCUCGCAUCGCCCAACGGUCCCCGCCCACUUCGCUUCCUUCAUUGAAAAUGAAUGGGCUUCCGUUGUUUCAUCGUCCCCAACGUGCUAUGUGGAUCUCUUGUGACAGACGGGGACAGUCCUGUGCCAUUUCAGAAAGUUGCAGGAAAAUACAAAUCACUGAUGCAUUUUGUUAAUGUCUUCUGAUUAACUUGGGCAAAUUAAUACAUUUUCUAAUAAGUUCAAUACAUUAAGUUGAUUUCCUAUUAAGUUCAAUACAUUUUUGAAUAGUGUUGAAUUCCGUUUUAAUGAUUCCGUACGUGUUUUCCGCAACGCAGAUUUUAUAGGACCCUAGUAAAUGGUAGUACAGGUCCAAUGCUUAACAAUCUGAAAGGGACGCACCGUGAGACCCAAACCUUUGCUGGCAGCAGCGCAGCUGCAUUAUGAAUUCACAUGGAAUGUUAUGGAUUUAAGGGAAAAACCGAUACAAAAAUGGCUUUUCAAACGUUAAGAGAAAUGAUCCAUUUGUCACAUCCCUACUUCCUACUGUAAACUUUGGAAAGAGUGAGGAGGCCUUCAGCUGUAUAUUCUCUUUCUUUGGGGACCCUAACAUCAACUCAAGUACACUUUUUGUCUCGCUCACUCUCUCUCGGUCUUCCCCUUCUCUUUCUCUCUGUUUCUCUCAGACACAUUCUCUUUUCACAGAUGUACUUUUUUUUAAAAAUCUAUCCUAGAAUGUAUUUUCAAAUCCAUGUCAAAUUUCCAGUAAUUCACAUGUACCUGAUGUAUGGUCUCUGUCAGAAGAGUGGAGGCUGUUAUAGCAGCAAAGGGAGGACAAACUCCAUAUUAAUGCCCAUGAUUUUGGAAUGAGAUGUUCGACGAGCAGGUGUCCACAUAUUUUUGUAGUGUAGGUCAUUCCUCUCUGCGAAACUCAUGUGUUUCCACUGACCCUGGCUGUCCAAACAGGGAUGUCAUGUGCUUGAAGGACAUGUGUUAAAUGUGACCUUUAUGUGCUCCUGUGGGAAUAUCUCCUCCUGCACACACACACACACACACAGAGAUACACACACACACACACAGAGACACACAAACAGACACAGGCACCGAGACGCUCUGUCUCACUGUGAUGUACAGUUAGGUAACAGUCCAACAGGCAUACGUCAAGACCAACAGGCAUACGUCAAGACUGGCAUAAAACAUGGCUAGAAUAAGUUUACUUUGACAUUUGUAAGAGAUACUAACUUUUCUCUGUGUGUUUUUAGCACAUGGCCCCUGUCACUCACAUUCCCAAAAUCCGUCAGAGAUCAUCCUGGUAUGUCUGUACCGUUACAUGUUGUCUGCGCCAGGAUGUGAAAUAUUUGCCUUCUAGGAACCCAUCAAUGAGGACGGGUGUUUCAGAUGUCUUUUACUAGUCCAGUGUCAUGUCGGACCACGGCCAGGAACAGUUUUACCGUGUGCUCGCCGGCCUGUUGUUGUGCCAGACCUGACUCCUCUGACAUGGCCCCAGGGAGACCUCUAGGCUCCAGCUACACACCAAACUGGUGCCAGUCCACGCUGUCAGGGGGUGACAAAAAGUUCACAACUUCCCCUCGCUCACGGCGUCAUGUUUGAUUUUCAGUCGGCACGAGUACUGCUGCUCUUCGAAAGAAAGUAUUGUGUCAACAUAUUUCCCUAAACUCCCAGAGAUUCAGUUAGGCAAAUAACUUCAAUAGGCAUCUUGACUUGUUGAAACUAACAUUAAGUUCCCCUUUGGGAGCACUCAUCAGGGCUGCAAGGUGGCUCUGUAGUCUGUACUUACAAGUAAUAAUGACUUUCAUAGUGAUCCUGAACAUGAAGAAAUUAUCAUCACUUUUUUAAAUCAAGGGACAUUGACACUGCAUGUCAGAGCACUGAUGUUAAUUGCUUACGCAACGUUGAUGUAUGGUUGCUAAUAGAGAACGUCUGUGCUGAAAAUGGCCUAGCUUGUGAACAGUACUCUUAUUGAAUGUCAUUGGGUCCCAAAAAAAAAAGAUGUAAUUAUGCUUCAAUCCUUCUGCCUCUAUGUCUAUUAUUAACUUUAUUAAAUGCUAGGAAAUCGUUUUAGUGUGAUACUUACUUCCUCUGCCAAAGUGAUACUCUAGAUACUGUAGGCUUGUGCUGGGCUUCUGUUUUACUCAAUACCUUUGUCCCCUCUGCUGGUGAAAUUGCAUUACUGCACUCCUAAUACACAGUCAAACAAGACUUUCGUAGGACAGUGUCUGUGCUCUCAUAUUGUAUCAAUGUGUGUUGAUUGUGGUCAAAUUGUCAAUGUUUGAGACUGUUCAUACAUUUAUAUCUCUCUCUUUCUUCCUCAUCCCCUGUUCCCCACCCCUCUCCCUCCAGCUACCCAACAUGUUUGGCAGUCUGAGCUCCACAAUCAUGUCUCUGAUGAUUGGCUCCUACGCUUCCUCAGCUGUCACCUUCCCUGGAGUCAAGGUAACCAUGAUGGAUGCACAUUUUACAUUUGUCAGAAAUGGAUGCAUAUUUGUUACCGUUGCCCCGUAUCACUUCUAUACAAAUAGAAUGCACGUUCGUCCUUCAGAUGUUAUGUGAAGAAGUCAAGGAAAUGUCCACAGUAAGCCUCAAAUAUUUAUACUAUUCUAUACUAAUAACACCCCAUUUUCUCUUCGUCCCUCUCUAAGCUGAUCUAUGAUGCGGAUGUGUCGUUCCGGGUGAUCAUGUGGGUGUGGUCGGGUCUAGCAGGCUUAGUCUUCCUCAACUGUUUCCUCAACUGGCCAGUGGAGGCCUUCCCCACACCUGACGAGGUCGACUACAGGUCAGUACAACACUAAAACAACAUCAGAUCACAAAAGAAUGGCUAUUACAAUAUUAUCAUAAUACUUCCACAAUGCUAGAACAAUACAGAUAGGUGAAAACUUGAUCAGGUUACUGUAGUACUUAGAGUGACAGUUAAGUAGACAAGUAGAAAUACAACAGUUACCAUACUGAAAUGCAACAAGAGUUAAUAAACAACUAUUUCUCCUUCCGUUCUUUUCCUCUUUAACAGUAAGAAGUUAGCGCUGACUUAUGUGUCUGGGGACCAUAAGGGUGUGGGAGAGAGGUUGAGUCAGAAGAAUGGAAGCCUGAACGGAGACCUGAAACACUCCACUGAGAAACUCCCAGCUGACACACAGAGUGAGUACAGAACACACACAUGAAAACACAACAGCAGCUCUAGCAGCUCUUGCUCACAAACACAUCCCAUAGACCCAUAUUAACUGUCUGCCUUCUCUCUCGUUCUCUCAGAUGUCAUUCCAUUCCGUAGGUCGGUGUUCUCGCCCAUCUUCCUAUGGAGUCUGGUUACCAUGGGGAUGACCCAGCUCAGGAUCAUUUUCUUUAUGGGCGCCAUGAACAAGAUGCUGGAGUUUCUCGUCACCCACGGCGACCCUCACGGUGAGUAACUGACAAACCAGACCAACUGACAGUCAACUGACAAACCAGACCAACUGAUAGUCAACUGAAAACCAGACCAACUGAUAGUCAACUGACAAACCAACACACUGUCAUGACUGGGCCCUAUUCCCUCCAUGUAAAUGUGUUCUAAUCAAGUUGUCCUCCUUUCUUUCCUCAGCUUCUGAGGAGUUGAUCGUCGAGGCAAAGGAGAAAGGUGGGAAAUAUCUCCUGGUGAAAGUGACGUGUCCUUGUCAUGUGUAUGUAUGCAUGUCUAAAUGUGUGUUCUCUCCUCUCCAGUGAGUUUCUACUCGUCCAUCUUUGGCACCCUGCAACUGCUCUGCCUGGUCACCUGUCCUGUGAUUGGCUACAUCAUGGACUGGAGGAUGAAGGAGUGUGUGGCAGAGACAGAGAAGAGGUGUGUGUGUGAGAGAGAGAAAGCAAAAGCAGCGCGUGAAUGACACCGUGACAUUCGGGGGGGGUCUCUAUUGGACGCGUGCAUGUAACAUAUUAAUGGGCCUAAUAGUCAAGACGUCAUUUAACGACAAAAAUGAAUUACCUUUUUAUGUGGCAUGAACACAACCAGUCAUGAUGUUUUCAUCUGAUUGUCAAACAAAUCACUUCAAAAAGAAGGCUACCUGUGCAUGUUCGUCCACUCCAAAAUAAUUCUCGCAUCCAAACAGUGCACUGCAUGUGCACUCGCACAGUUUGAUGAACUGAAAUGUACAUCUGUUACAAAACACCAAAAAGUGUGCCUAAUGAUUAGGCCUACAUUAAUUGAUUUAUCUUGCUGCCAAAUUGACCUUUUUUGUAGACUGAAAAGUUGGUACACCUGAAAUGGGUCUGAAACUGUCCCGGGAAAAAGGGAUGGUCACCCUAACACACACGGUCAAUUUACUAGACUAGGCUACAAUGUGUAGGCCCACCUCUCAGCGAGAACAACAAUGUGGUAUGUCGUAGCCCACCCUUUUCAAGCCGAUGACACAAUCGACUCAGGAUAAAUUCUUGUCAUCAUCCAACAUAAUUGAUGAGUCUCCCGGUCACGGCCGGCUGCGACAGAGCCUGGAUUCGAACCAGAAUCUCUAGUGGCACAGUUAGCACUGUGAUGUGCCUUGACCACUGGCACUCAGGAGUAGGUCAAUGGUAAGCUUGCAAAUUACAUGUGUGCCAUUACCAUAUCUGCAAUUGAUUAGCUUAGAUAUAUACAGUGCAUUCUGAAAGCAUCAGAACCCUGGACUUUUCCAAAUUGAUUAUGUUACAGCCAUAUUCUAAAAUUGAUUAAAUAGUUUUCCCCCUCAUCAAUCUAUCUCAUCAAUCUAUCACAAGUCAUCACACAAUCACAAUUUAGAAACAGAGCCAAUGAAUUGAUAGGCAUUGUAAACAGUAAAAUAUUGGAGAUGUUUAUUUUAGUGCUUGCCCGCACAAGAAAAUAGUGAUUCAGGAUCACGGAUAGCUACCACAACUCGGCACAGAGAGCAGUGUGAUUUUUAAAUACAAAACGUACAAAGUAGGAACAGAGACUUAAUAGGGAAUUAGUGACACAACAAUCAACAACAAGAGCAUGAGAAAUACACAAAUAAAAGGAUAAACAUCAAGUACAUUCCUCUGUGAACAGGUAGCCUACACAUUCAAUAUAAUGCAAAUAUUGAUAGAAAAUAAUAAAGCAAAUGAAAUGGUCUACUUCUUGUGGCCAGGGAGAACACCAGUACCCGCGCACACCUGAAAAACAAAGCAAUGAGCGCUCUAAACAGCUGACUGACAAAAGCAAACAAUGGUAAAUCAACUGAUAAAUCUAAUGCGUUGGAAUAAAGGCCUUUUUUUUUAGCAAGGACGCAUGGCAAACAAAUGGCGAAAAUUAGUAAGUACAAAGGAAAAUCUAUGCGUAAAGGAGCUCAGCUGAGGCCAAAAUUCAGUAGUGGACAGCGCUACGGUCUAGCCAGCUAUAGAAUUCUACCAUCCGAACAGCACUCCGCCUGCCUUGGAUGACAAGUGCAGCCCUGUAGAAGUAAAUGGUUUAAACCAUGACAGAGAGGUGGGGGUGUUAGUUUCAUUUGGAAGCUUUUAUUUUAAUAUUUACCACUGUAAAACAUAUUUACCACUGCAUUUUAAACAAAUAGGAGAAUGGUAAAAUUAUAAUUAUUUAGAGACCCCCCAAAGUUUGACUUUUGUUGCAUUCAGGGGAGCUGAACCCCCCUGGCUCCCCUGUAAUUCGCACCCUGAGAGAGAGAGAAAGAGGGGAGGGAGGGCAGGGGGAAAGAAGGCAUAAUGGGAACUUUGUGGAAAAAUAGAAUGGAUAGAAUGGGAAAAGAGGAAAGAGGCUAAAUGGAUGUAAGAGGUGAGGUUGAUGUCUUAUCUCCUUGUCCCUGUCCAAUCCCACAAAGACCAGCAGACGGGCCGACGAGAGACAAAAAGAUCCAGAAAAUCACCAAUGCCAUGAGAGCCUUCAUCUUCACCAACCUGCUACUGCUGAUGUUCGGAGUGUGCUGUCUGAUAGACAACCUGCAACUUCAGGUACACACACACACACACAAAUGAUCCCUCGUUCAUUCUGACAUACUGUAUUAUCAGACAAACAAAAAUACCCAAAUUUCAACAUUCUUUCACCCGCUGUAGAUCCUGACCUUCAUCCUCCACACCAUGGUCAGAGGGUUCAUCCACUCCUGCUGUGGAGGCCUGUAUGCUGCUGUGUAAGUUCUCAACUUCCUCAUCUUCAUCAUACAACUCCAUCAUCAUCAUCUUUAAAUACAGAAAUUUACUUGAGAAAUAAUUUUGCUCCCUCAGGUACCCCUCUAACCACUUUGGUACUCUGACUGGGCUGCAGUCGAUGAUCAGUGCUGUGAUCGCCCUGCUGCAGCAGCCCCUCUUCAUCGUCAUGGUGGGAUCCCUGCACGGAGACCCCUACUGGGUGAGACACACACACACGCUCAGAGUUUUACCAUGCAGUUACCCAUACAAUACUUUUUAACCCCCUAACUUCCCAUAUCUCCUUCACCCAUCAGAUCAACCUGGGCAUGAUCCUCUUCUCAUUGGGUGGCUUCCUGUUGCCUGGAUACCUGUUCUACCAUCGCAGACACCUGAUCCAGGAGAAGGAAGCUCGAGAAAAGAAUGCCAUUGGCCAGGAGAGCGAGGCUCUCAACCACUCAGAGCACAACGGCCUCAAACACCAUAGCAACGGUCACAGCAUCCAGUAA